AUGUUUAUUAAUGAGAGAAAGACCUGGUAUGAUGCUCAGACCUACUGCAGAGAGAAACACACCGACCUGGUCAGUGUGAGGAACCAAACUGAGAAUGAGGAGAUCAAGAAAGUGAUUCAAAGUGCAACUGAUGUAUAUGUUUGGAUUGGUCUGUUUAAAGACUCCUGGAAGUGGUCAGAUCAGAGUAAUUCCUCAUUCAGAUACUGGAGCUCUGACAAACCCAGUGGAGGUUUGAACUGUACUGCAGUGAAUGUGUCUGAUCAAGACCACUGGACCAGUGUGAACUGCACAGAAAAACUCCCCUUCAUCUGCCAUGAGAAGAGACUGGUCUUGAUUAUUCAGAGUCUGACCUGGUGGGAUGCUCUGAACUACUGCAGGAACCAUCAUUAUGACCUGGUCUCAGUGCGCACUGAGGAGAUGCAGCUCUGGGUGAAGGAAGUGGUUCAAAAGGCCUCCACCGAACACGUGUGGCUCGGCCUGUGUCACGACUGCGUCCAGCGUAUCUGGUUCUGGGUUUUUGGAUCGAUGGUCUGCUACCAGGACUGGGCCCCGGGGAAUGGGACAUGGAAUGAAGACUGCAGCCAUGAGAGGAGAAGCGGAGCAGUGCAGUCUGGAGGAAAGCAGCAGUGGAUCGAACUGUCUGAGGGCUACAAACUCAACUUCAUCUGCUCUACCUAUGACGAUAUGUUUUAAUAACAUGAAGACUGAAGACAAGCUGUGGUCCUCCAUCUGUAUCCAACAUCAGCAGAUCUACAGUACUGUCU